AUGCCGACACUCAAUGGGAAGAGAGUCGCCAUUGGUGACGUCAGCAGAGUAAUAAAAGAAGCAGCCAACCCAGAACUUGUACCUAGAGGAUACUUGAGUGGCAAUCUCACCCAAUAUGAGCUACGUCAUCUGCGAUGGCUAAUGCAGAAGGAUGCAAUGGGGCAAGAUGUCUUCCUGAUAGGAGGGCCUGGCCCAUUGAGACGGCACAUUGCUCUGGCUUACCUCGAGCUGACACGGCGAGAGGCGGAAUACGUGACACUCACGCGUGACACUACAGAGGCUGACUUGAAGCAGCGCCGGGAAAUUCGGGAUGGUACCAGUUACUACCACGACCAGGCUGCAGUUCGGGCGGCGACACAAGGCAGGGUGCUCGUGCUGGACGGCAUAGAGAAGGCAGAGAGGAACGUCCUGCCCGUCCUGAACAACCUGCUGGAGAACAGGGAGAUGAACCUUGAUGACGGCCGGCGUCUCAUACCCCACAGCAGAUAUGACGCUCUCGUCAAGGAUCACGGCGAGGCGGGCGGCCUGAACGUGCUGCGAGUGUCGCCAGAUUUUCGGGUGUUUGCUCUGGGCCUCCCCUGCCCCCCUCACCAGGGACAGCCCCUGGACCCGCCCCUCAGGUCCAGGUUCCAGGCCAGGGAAAUAUCCCAUGCGCCUUUCCAGGACGAGCUACAGAAGCUACAAGCGCUGUACCCGCACGUGUCGCGUGACGUCAUCACGCGCUGCCUCUCUGUGGGUCACGCGCUGCUGGCGGAGGAGAGCAAAGCCCUGGCGCUGCCCGACUACCCCCUGCACCUGCUGCAUACCGUCCUGGCCGUGCUGAACAAGUUUCCCAGCGUUGCCCCCGAGUCAGUGCUUAGACUCGCGUACCCCCACAGCGUGUGUCUCCCCAGCGAGUCUCANUCAACGAACAAGUUUCCCAGCGUUGCCCCCGAGUCAGUGCUUAGACUCGCGUACCCCCACAGCGUUUGUCUCCCCAGCGAGUCUCAGGCCCCUCUCACUGACCUCCUCAACACCUUCGACCUCAACCUUCCCCAGCAGGACGCAGCCAUCCUGACGUUGGACGCCGUUCAGAGCGUGGCAGUUGAUGCGGCUGGCGGCUCUGUACAGCUCAACAUGACGGUCAACGGAGAGCCUGCUACGGCUCAGGUGGUUGGUGGUACAUUACCUCAUACCAUCCCGUGUGAUGGUUCACCAUCAGCAAUGAUCAGCACAGCAUACCACAGCAGCGUGCUGUCAUCACUGCUGCAGCUGCAUGCUGUAGGCAGCGACGUCUGCAUUGUCGGGCCCAGAGGCUGUGGCAAGAGCACCGUAGCCAUGCAGAUGGCCAGGACUCUGGGCUACAGAGUCGAAACUGUUCUGUUAUACCAGGACAUGACAUCCCGCGACCUGAGCCAGCAGCGGGCGACUGACGUUUUUAUCGGCAGUUCUAGUAAUACGACUCAUUCGCGACCGCGAGUUCACGACCGCGAGUUAUUACUCAUACUCAUUCAAGACCGCGAGUUACAGCUGUAUGACGGCACACGUCUCCUCCGACACGACAAGUUCGAUGCCCUCGCCACCGAACUUUCCCUCAGUCCUGACCAGAUGGAGGCGCGAGGGCUGCUGCGCAUACAUCCCGCCUUCAGGAUUGUUGCCCUCGCCGACCCUCCUCAGCUGGCUGAUGUUCAGGGACAGUGGAUGAAACCUGAGACUUUGGCGCUCAUGCCUUGGCUGGAAAUGCGGCAGCCUACGCAAAAGGAAAUGAUGGAACUCGUCGUAGAGUUGGUAAAGCCUCGGGACAGCGCGACCCUGCAGCAGGUGGAGCUGCUCACCGCCGUCAGCUGCGCCGUCAGUGACAGUGUUGGCAGCCUCUCGUCCUUGGCACAUUCUCUCUCGCUCCGACAGGUCGUGCGCAUCGCUCGCCGUCUCACAGCCUACCCCGGCCACCGCAGCCUGCACGAGCUGGUGCAGGACGCCUGCUUGGCCCGAUUCCUACCUAUGUUGGUAAAGCAAGCCUUGGACGAGACUCUAGACUCAUUAGGUGUCCAGGCGACCAAGAACCCGGCAACCGCAGAGGCCGAGCUGAGCUGCACGGUACAGGGCAACCAUGUCACCAUCGGCAACACCACAGCCCUGCGCUACCAGCCUUCUAGUACCACUAAGAUACCCAAGACGCUCUUCUUUGACAUCCAACAGCACGUCGAGGUCCUAGAGAACCUGCUACAAGACUGGCAGCUCGGCGAGCAUCUGCUGCUCAUCGGCAACCAAGGCGUGGGCAAGAACAAACUCGCCGACCGCUUCCUCGAGCUCAUCAACCGACCCCGCGAGUACCUGCAACUGCACAGAGACUCCACCGUGCAGGUCAGUUAGCUAAAUCUGCAAGUCACAGUGAGAGACCUUUUUUCUGUUUUUGAGGACUCGCCGCUGGUGACGGCGGUGAAGGAAGGCUCCGUGCUGCUGCUGGACGAGGCUGACAAAGCGCCCACGCACGUCACGUGUGUGCUGAAGACUCUGGUCGAGAGCGGAGAGAUGUUAUUGUCAGACGGUCGCCGUAUCGUGCCUUCGUCGCACCCUCUGGCCAGCUCCGCUGACACGUCUGACAUCAUCGUCAGCCAUCCUGACUUCAGGAUGAUCGUCCUCGCCAACAGGCCUGGCUUCCCCUUCCUCGGCAAUGAUUUCUUCGCUGUACUCGGUGAGCUGCGGUUCUCUUCUAUUCACUACCCCAAAGACGGCGUGUCGUUGGCCAUACGCAACGUGUUCGACUUCGACGCGUGGAGCGCAGACGCUCGAGACGUCGUCAUGAAGACGUUAAACAAGCAUGGCUUACCUGUACAAUCCUCGGACGCUUCUACGCGGCUCGCUACCAAAUUAUCUAUAGGAGACCCCCAGUAUUUAGGCCGCUGGCACAUUUCCCGUCACAACGCCAGACCUGUUGAGGUCUCGUCUGAACGCAUCUCGUACCGCGGCCCAAUCUAUGUUCCGGUGACCAAGCAAAACCUCGCCGCUCUGGAAGCUCGCGCCAGCAUUUUUACUGAGCUACACAGCUUCUAUUCUUUGCCUCUGUCUGAUACGUCGCUCAUUACUGACAUCAUGACAUCCUCUUACAAAGCAACAGAUUCCGACAAGUUGUCGGGAAAAACAAGUGGUCGGCAAAGUCAGAUGACCGACACCAUGACUAUCUUGCACAACCAUGCACCUCAAAGUACCAAUGGUAAUGCCAAAAGUGUAUCUGCCGCAGUACAGGCUUUAAAAGAUCCUUUUGGCACGAGUAAACUUCAGGCCACGAUUCAUGUAGUUACAGUUGCACCGUUGGCUCUUCAUACGUUGAUGCCAUCAGAUUCCCUCGCCAGACCCCUGACGACCCUUUCUCUUCAUUCGCUAUUGCCUAACUUGGGCGGGUCUCAUCAACCCAGGCUGAGGUUGUGGCCUGGUGCUGAUGGAAUGGUUGGGUUAUAUGAAGAACUCACAAACACGGUGCUUCUGGCAGACCCCCACAACGGAGAAGUUCUACAACUGAAUAAAAAUUCAUUCUUGGAACGGAUCAAGUUGCCCCUAAGGCAGCUUAUGCAACAGUCUGUUGAUAACAGAUGCACACCUUCUGGAGACUCACUUUUUGUGUAUACUCUAGGCCAAAAUUUUGUUACCGUCGUUAACCCUAAAGAAGGAAGCAUUGAUUCUUUGGCUCUGCCUAUCGAUGUGGAUGCGGUCGUUGCCGAUUGUCAAGGCGGAUGGAUUAUUAAAGAUGAUCGUGGUUCUCAGUGGCUCAUCGGAGGAGAAAUGGGAUUGGAAACCAUAACACCUUUCCAACUGGGAUCGGAAGUUGGAUCGAAUAUUAAACAUAUAUCUAAAGUAGGGGACAUAGUCAUAAAAAAUGCACUGAAUGUAGAUUCAAGUGCUGAAGAAAUCUUCCAUGUUUCAUCGACGCACGGUCAAAAUUCUGAAAAUAGUGCAGGAAUGUUAUUGUCGUCUGACACGUCACAAGCGAUGCUCUUGCCUGGCUUCCCAUACGAAGCAUCAGGUGGUGUCUACGCCUGGCCCAGGAAAGAUAACCCCCAGAAGUCGAAGAAAAUGACUCAGUUCGACAGUGUCUCACACACUCGUUCAGUGACACCCGUGUCUGACUCCGGAAGAAAUUGCGUGGUGUUUCCAGCAAGUGGUCAAAUUGUUCAAAGUCUGAAGGAGUUGCCGCCCAGUGCUCCCGACGUUCUCAAGUCAGUGCCAGCUUCGGGCUAUCUUGAAGUUACGGACGUCGCUGAUAAAACGGUCUCAUACUUGCCAGUUCCGCAGGUCGAAGAGCACAACGAAUACUGGCAUUGGACCGUCGGGCGAUUGGCACCCAAGUUGAUGUUGGCAGGGGACGAGCAUGGGGGAGUUGUGUCCGUUGACCGUGCGGGAGGCGUGCGAGUGUGGCAGGUGGGAGGGCAGGAGCUCAAGGCUGGGAUAGCCGAGUGGGAGAGUAUGGUGGGCCAAGGUGAAGGUGAGCGUCUUGAACUUGAACGUAUCGGUGGAGACAUGUCCCUCAGUGCACCUAAGCACGGCAAAAUUGACACUAACAACGCACCACAUGUAGGGGGAAACACGUGGGCCGGAGGAACUGGAGGCCGGGACACUGCCGGGUUAGGGGGCGUGGGCGGACCCUACCGUCUGGAUGCGGGUCACGACGUGCAUCAAGUGAGCGACGAGGUGAAGGCGACGGUGCCUCCUGAGAUCACCGAGGCGGCGCGCAAGAUGGCCAAAGCAGCGCACGCGAAGCGUCUCAAAGAAAUUCAGAUGUCAGAGUACGACCACGAGCAAUACGAGGCUGUCAGCAGCAAUGUCAGGACGCAAGUCAACCAAAUCCGCGCUGUGCUGAGCUCCCUGACGGCCAAGGCUGGUGAGCGGUGGUGGGUGAGGCGGAGACCUGACGGGGAGUUGGACGAUAAUGCACUCGUCGAUGGCCUCGCGGGUGCCACUAACAUUUAUCGGCAGCGCCGUGAGAUUCCUCCUGAAGCUGGACAACCGCAAACCAAACCUAAACGCCUUCGACUCUUGUUGGACGCUUCAGGUUCCAUGUAUCGCUUCAAUGGUCAUGACCAGCGUCUGCAAAGAUCCUUGGAAGCAGCCCUCAUGUUGAUGGAAGCUUGCCAGGGCCAUGAAGCCCGCUUGGUGUACGACAUCUAUGCGCACAGUGGCGAGGAUCACUCUGUCACGCUCUCACGCAUCAAGAAUCAACCUGACAACAACAAAAAACGUCUCGACUUACUUCGCACGGUGCUAGCGCACAGCCAGUUCUGUAUAUCGGGUGACAGCACUGUGAUGGCCACCAAAAAUGCCGUCGACAAACUAGCUCAAACUGCCGAGGACUACGACCAAAAUUUUGUGGUGUUAUUAUCAGAUGCUAAUUUAGAUCGUUAUGGUAUCAGUCCAGCCCGCCUUGCCAACGCUAUGACGGCGCAGAGUUCAGUUCAGUGCUACGCGGUCUUCAUUGGAUCCCUCGGCAACCAAGCCAAGCGCCUUGCGGACGCCUUGCCCGCAGGCCGAGCCUAUGUGUGCCUUGACACCAACGACUUGCCGCAGAUACUCCAGCACAUCUUUACUCAUGCCAUGACGCAGUAAAAAUAAAAAAGUACACAGCGUUUUCAUCAUUAAUUGAAGGCACUCAAAUUAGCCAAACUGGUGCUGUUUAUGCAGCUCAUGAUUAUAAAAUGACUACUUUGCUGGUGCACCCAACAGUGUUAGCGCAUCGCCUCAACAAUGCGUUUCAUUUUCAAAUUAGUGUUGGAACAGAAUAGGUUGUUUUAGUUAUUAGGUUCAAGGUAAGAGACACGUUCAAUAUCGGGAUCUGUGGUUGUGUCGAGACAGGGGAAUUAUUACAUAGGAUAUUUUUGAUAAGUUUGAGCUAGUAUUCAUUAGAGUUCAUUAUGAUAUGCUUUAUGUACCUAGCGCCUCGUUGACUCUUGGUUACUGUUUUGUAUUUAAUUGCUUGCUAAUUAGAUGUGCGUUUGCACUAUUAUGCGGGUGAGAUGUUCAGUCGUACGCAUGUACCUGCUUGGUAUAAGCCGGCAGUUCAUCGCAGUAGUACGCAUGUAAGGCGUAUAAUGUAAGCGAGUGAUACGCGAAGUCAUUAUUACACGAAAUUGUGUAGCGCAAACCACUGACCUAACCCGAGGUCUCCAGGGAUGUGCCACACUUCUGCUACACAUGUGACCGUAGUAAUGUUUGUUAUUCAUGGCCCUUGUAAUGUUAUUAGUUAUUUCCAUCGUAUAAAUACUUGUAAUAAUGAUCAACAAUUUACUGGCAUACAAUAUCAAUUGUAAAUUGAAGUGACCCAAGGUAUACGAGAGUGUAGUCACAAAGAAUAACUUGAUGCGUUUGGAGUUUUGACCUCUGCUUUAGAGUUGUCUUUUUUCUUGUUAGGUAAUUAUAAUUUUUUAUUAGUUUUAAAAGACUAUAGAGAAAAGUUUUGAUUUUUAAAAUUUAAAUAUACAUAAAGCGCCUUUGAUUCAUCCACUACAACAUUACGCUCUGUAAAUAAUUUUUGGUGACUUGGAUGCAUUUGUUGCGAGCUCCACAAGUCGUCUUUCCUAGUUCCCGAGACUAAAAUCACACCGCAAUGUUUGCUAUGAUGCUCCCAGUGCUGUAGCGUUGCAAAUUCUAGACUUGUAGUAACGUGGUUAUCAAGAUAAUUGUGCUCCUUUGAUACAGUUUCAGUAGAGGCUUAUUCAGUGACGACCACAUUCAAGAUUUUAUACGUAUUUUAUUUGGAGUAUUUAUAUUUCGAUUUUCGACACUUGUAACGCCGUGUUCUUACACUGUGUUUUUAAUUCCUGUUAACAAAUUUUGUAUGAAUAUCAUGCUACUUAGUUACAAAAUUAUGAACUUACCAUACAUAGCAGGUGUUGUUGCUCUACCUGGACUUACCUUUGCGAUUUUUUGCAAUUGUUCACCAUUGAUAAAAUAAAUACGGAAAAUUUAUGUUACCAAAAGACGCCGGUAGUUUUAUCUCUCCGCUCCGGUGUUUUUGUGCGAUUACUUCUACUGUUUAAAUUGUAUGGGUUGUCGGUAAGUGCUAGUUUUAUCAGCAAUUUUUAUUACUUUAUUAAAAAUUUGAUGUUCCUAGCAGUUUGUUAUCUGAAACUUGAUGCCUUCUUUGUAUAUUAAUAUUAACAAUAAGAGAAAUACUCAGUCCAUAUUUAAGAGGAACUCAGGAGUCUAGUUCGCUGAAGUUGCCGCUGCCUUGCUCACUCUCACUCCGUUAUGGUUUGAUGUUCAGCCGCUAAAAUAAUAGGUAGAGUUAUGUACAAAUGAUAAAUAUAUAUUUUUGUGGCAAAAUGAAUCUAAUUUUAUCC